AUGGGACGCCGCUAUCCAUUUUCUCGAGGUGGUGAUUUCUGCGCCAACAACAAACUCAUGACGCCCUUCACAGCGAAAGCAUAUAGAUCACUAGCGAAACCUUACGACGCCCUCGCUGAUAUCUUUAAAUCGGGAAACUUGUCAAGGUUGCAAGCAGAAAUCACGGCUGGUGAGCGCAUUUGGCUCAAUGAUAAUAACAUGGGUUUGGUUUCACAAGUAUUAGCUGCAUAUCAGCGAUUUUUCUAUCGUGAAACUCGAAAAGACUUUCGCCUCAUUGUCAUUACCCGAUAA